UGAGGUGCAGGAGGCGAGUGGGGACGGGCAUCGAUUUUCUCCAUCUCUCUAGCUGCCAGGGCUUCUCCCUGCCGUGCCCGGACAGCGCCCGCAGACUUGGGUCUUUUCUGGGUUGGCCUCAGGACUUGAUUGCCGCCGCCGCUGCCGCUCCUUCUCUGACUGCCUCCCAGCCGUGCGGAACCGGGAACCGGGCGGGAUUCCACUAAGCGGGACCUCGGAGCUCGGAGCCAAAGGGGGACGGGGCCUUUUCCCCCCCUCCCCCUCGAGGGAAAAUCUGCCCCCCCGACCCCCCCCAGCGCCGGACAAGCGGGGCAGGGGAGGGGAACGGGGAUCUAAAGAGAGCCAGCUUCCUCCCCCUCUCCACGUUUCAGCGUUGGUGGUGGAUUGGACUUCAGGACUUGGACUUGUCCAGUCCCGUCCCCCCCUGGACUUGGGGACCACCCGGACCUCCGGACACUUUGUCGGAUUGUUUUUUUCCUCUCGUACCGAGUCCCCCCACCCUCGGUCCAGCCUUGGCUUCCAGGCGGCCUCAGCGCGGUCACAGGCCACCCCCUGGGGUGCCCGGGGAGAUGUUUCAAGCCUUCCCCGGAGACUACGACUCCGCCUCCCGGUGUAGCUCGUCGCCGUCGGCCGAGUCCCAGUACCUGUCAUCUGUGGACUCCUUUGGCAGCCCCACGACUGCCGCUGCCUCCCAGGAGUGUGCUGGCCUUGGUGACAUGCCUGGCUCCUUCGUGCCCACCGUCACUGCCAUCACCACGAGCCAAGACCUCCAGUGGCUAGUCCAGCCCACCCUCAUCUCUUCCAUGGCCCAGUCCCAGGGCCAGCAGCCACCUCUGGGCCCCCAGCUGCCCACCGUCGACCCCUAUGACCUGCCUGGCACCAGCUAUUCUUCCCCUGGGAUCAGCGGCUAUGGCAGCGGUGCUGGACCCUCUGGGGCGACCUCAACUGGUCCUCCGCCCUCACGUCCUGCACGGGCUAGGCCUCGACGGCCCAGAGAAGAAACGCUCACCCCUGAAGAAGAGGAGAAGAGGAGGGUCCGACGGGAACGCAACAAACUGGCUGCAGCCAAAUGUCGGAAUCGAAGGCGGGAGCUGACAGACCGUCUACAGGCGGAGACGGACCAGCUGGAAGAGGAGAAGGCCGAGUUGGAGUCGGAAAUCGCCGAACUCCAGAAGGAGAAGGAGCGGCUGCAGUUUGUGCUGGCAGCCCAUAAGCCAGGCUGCAAGAUCCCUUUUGAUGAGGGGCCCGGGCCAGGGGGCCCCCUGGCAGAGGUGAGAGCUUUGCCUGGGCCCACGCCCACUAAGGACGAUGCGAUCGGGUGGUUCCUGCCGCCGCCGCCCCUGCCCUUCCAGACCAGCCAGGAGCCCGGCCAGGAUGGGCCCCCAGACCUGACGGCUUCUCUCUUUACACACAGUGAGGUCCCAGCCUUCGGCGACCCCUACCCUGUUAACCCUUCGUAUACCACCUCGUUUGUACUCACCUGCCCGGACGUCUCCGCAUGCGGCGGUGCCCAGCGCAACGGCAGCGACCAGUCCUCUGACUCCCUGAACUCGCCCUCCCUCCUUGCUCUGUGAAUUCUUUUAGAGGGAGGGGCCGCUUCUCUCUGGAGACAAAAACCUGGGGGGAGGUUGCUGGACCCCCCUCCGCUCUUUUGGCCUGCACCAACCUGAGGAUCCCUUUCAUCCUCGAGGGCUCGCUGACCCGAGUCAGCCUCUCUCCAUCCUUGGCCAUCCACCACCGGAUUCCUCUGGACGCGAGGCUUCGCUCCCGGCGGCCCACCGGAUCCACCUGGACUCGAGGCUUCCCUUCACCCCUCCUCCCCCGCGUCCCGUCUGCCGCCCGGCCCUUCCUGGAAGCCCCUUCGACCCUUGGAGCUUGCCCUAAGGGCCUGCCUCUGGGCCCCUCCACUCUGACUGUCGCCACCGAGAAAGGCGAAGACUUUGUGGGGGCCACACUGAGGGCCCUGCUCCCCGGGGAGGAGGGGACGGGAAAAGGUAUGGCUGCCAUACUGUGGCCUGCGAGCCAUCCGGGGCUGGGGGGCUUCGCUGGGGGGGAGGGGCUGGGAGAAAGGUUCUAAGGCUCGUUUGUGAUGGAAGCUCAGGCCCUUCCCCGAGGCGCCCCCUUGAGGUCUACCCCGCCCCCCCCCCAGAAGAGUAUUAACUUAUUUAGCCACUUUCCAAAGUCGAAGGGGAAAGCUCAGCCCCUUCUUCCUCUCCCGCAGGGAUGGGAGCCCGCCUCAUCUGUUAAACAGUAUUAUUCGUCCUGGUAAAUCCCCCUCCCCAGGGCCCCUCCCGCCUCGAGCCCUUGCUGUUUUUCUCUGGGCUUUCCUUAUUCCAUGUGGUUGGUAAAGAAGGGUGACUCGCCUUUCACCCUUGCCCCUAGCUGAGGUCUUUAUACUGUGAAACGAGGUCUUGGGGAAGGGUAGGGACCAGGGAAGGCCAGGUCAGUCCCCCAAUCUCCCUGGGGGGGGGCGGAGAAAUGAGGGGGAAGUUUCCCUUUACCCUGGAGGCCUGGAAGCCUCCUCUGCGGGUCCCCCAUCGCUCCAUGCUCUUCCAGUAUUCUUUCUCCUUUUCAUUGGACAAGUGAGACGAGCUCCCAAUUUGGGUUGAGGGGGCCAUGCCCCCCCCUGCACCUCUUGUGGGCAUCACCAUGGCCCCUGUUUACUGUCCUCCUCCACUCCCAGGACCCCCCCAGCCUAGGACGCCAACUUCUCCCUUGCCAACUUCCUCCUCUAGGAAGAGUGGAUCAGCUCUCUUUGGGGGAGAAGUUUCAGAGCUGAGGCUUCUGGCCUUUGGGGGGGGGAGCCCCAAACUGGUGAACUUCGGAGCCCUUCAAGCCCUUUUAAUUCUCUGCUGAACAUUGGUGGGAGUUUGGGGAGAGGGGUUGCUGCUGGAGGAAGGUGAUCCCAGAGCAUCCAGCGCUGUUGGGAACUGGAUGUCAGUGCCCAGCCCGAGAUCUUAUCCCCAUUCAGAUCUACGUGCCCCCAAUGCACUCCCAGACCUCUCCUCCGCCUCCUCCUCCUCCUCCUUUUUUUUUUUUUUUUUUUUUUAAUUGGGGAACUGGUAUCUUAACUUCUCUGUCACUGGAAUGCUGAAAAGGACGGAUACCCAGCCUCAGGCUCUCCCUGGCCACGGGCCCUUCUCUUCCCC